AAUAUCAGGGAACGUUAGUUGCAGACAGUAGACCGGUGACAUUGUCAUCUCCGUCCUACCUGCGGCGAACGGAUACCAGAGCUCAAACGGAGGGGCUCCUACAUCACAGCUGAUCACCUCGGCGGUAUUAAAGUUACUUGCUUUCAAGUUUAUGGCAGAAGCACCCGACAAAACCUUAGACGUGGGAGACAUUAAAGACCGACUGUUCUGGCAUCGGCGUGGACAUCCAGAGCCAAACACAGAGUGUGUAGUGGAGUUUGGAUAUUCAGCCGCCGAAUCAGAUGAACUAUCACUCAUGAAAGGUGAAGAGGUCGUGAUAUUAACACCAAAGGGAGACAAACGCGGCUACUGGUGGGAGGCGCAGAAACCGGAUGGCACAAGAGGUGUUGUUCCUAUUAACUUUCUACGCUACAAGUUGGAUGACACACUAUUUCCUGAUUAUGAAAUUAUGAUGUCAAAGGUGUAUGGAUCAGGAACCGAAGUCGUCGCACGUGCCAACUGUGACACAGGAAGGCCAAUCGACGGACUGGAAACAUUGAAAUUUGAGAAGGGUGAUAGAAUGAUCAUUAUAAAUCCAAUAGAGAGCAACCCUGGAUGGUAUCGUGCGCGUCUAAUGAGCUCGAGUGGCAAACCGUGUAAACUACAGGAGGGCGUGGUACACGGUAACAUCUUAGAGGCGACGUAUGAAGCCUACCAGAAAGUAUUCUCGUCGACAAAGAAACCGAAAGCCGAAGAUAACGAACCACAGCCACUCUACGACUCAUUCGAAGAAUUCCAGCAAUACAGCAUGUGGUUUACAUUCCGAGGUUGUGAGAAUGGCUCACUCGAUGCUCUGUAUCACCGCCUGGCAUCAAUGGCGAGGAUGGAGUAUGACGAGUUCAUGCAAACCAAACAGGCGAUCUAUAUUAUGAGACAAAAGGUGUCAGACGAGUGCUACGUUGGAGGCGCUCGGAUACUACACAAGGAGCUCGGCGGUCAUUUUCUGACGUGGGAUAAGACACACAAAUCGAGAUUCGACGAGGAGUGUUACGAAGUACCAGGAUUCGUUGACUGGCAGCUGGAGGUGACGCCUCUCAGUCCGACACAAAAUCUUAACGUCGAGCGUGCCAAGAAAAUCCUCAGUAACAAUGCGUUAAAACCCGAUGGACUGAACGAAGAGAUGGUGUUUGACAACAACGAAGAGUGGACAGAGUUUAUUACCUGGCUUCUUCCUAAAUAGAAUCGGUUUGUUAGCUUAGAUUGUCUUGUACGCUGAUCUGUAUUCUUAUGCAUCGUAUGCUGACAGGAUAGAUUUUCUACAUCGAUUAGAGCAUGCCAUCCUACGUCUUUGUACAGUUGGCCCAUCAACAGGCUUUUGCUUGUUUGGGUGGCAUCGACAAGGAUAAAUCUCAUUGGCAUCAACGUGCCA